AAAAACCAUGGAGUUCUUAGCUCUCUUCUCCACGAUCAUCUUCCUCCACGCUGUCCUCGUUCUAUUAUACAAUCUGAUCGACAAAUGGCGCCACCGCAACUGCUACCUCCUCGACUACGUCUGUCUAAAGCCUUCCGACGAGCGCAAACUCCCCACCAAUCUCUGCGGCGAGAUCGUCUCUCGCAACUCUUGUUUGGGUCUCAACGAGUACAAAUUCCUUCUCAAAGUCAUAAUCAGCUCCGGUCUUGGCGAGUCCACUUACGGCCCUCGCAACAUUAUCGAAGGCCGCGAAGCCAGUCCGACCUUGUCGGACUCCAUUUCCGAAAUGGACGAAUAUCUCUUCCCUUUAGUUGACUCCAUCUUCCUCCGCGUCAACCAAAGUUUCCAUCUUUCACCUUCCUCCAUCGACAUUCUUGUCGUCAACGUCUCAAUGUUCUCUCCUGCUCCUUCCCUCGCGGCCAGAGUAAUCAACCGCUACGGCUUCCGGGAAGAUAUACUGGUCUAUAACCUCAGCGGCAUGGGCUGCAGCGCUAGCCUCAUCUCAGUCGAUCUCAUACGAAACAUCUUUAAAUCUCAUAAGAAAAAAAUCGCUCUUUUAUUGUCUUCAGAGUCCAUUUCCCCUAACUGGUAUAACGGAAAUAAGCGAUCUAUGAUGCUGGGAAACUGCUUAUUCCGCUCGGGCGGCUGCGCCGCGCUUCUGACUAACGAUCCCUUCCUCGGCGGCCGCCAUGGAAAGCUUCAGUUGCGUCGUCUGGUUCGAACGCACCUCGGCCGAAGCAACGAGGCGCACACUUGCGCUUGCCAGAAGGAAGACGACGAAGGACGCCAUGGGUUUCAUUUAAGCCGCGAGCUGCCCGCUGCGGCCGCUCAAGCUUUUUUCGAAAAUCUCCGCGUUUUAGCUCCCAAAAUCCUUCCUUUAACCGAAAUCGCGCGUUACCUCUUGGCGUCUGUAUGGAAGAAGAAGACGACGUCGAUGUCGACUGUAAAUAUGAAAUCCGGAGUUGAACAUUUCUGCCUUCAUACAGGCGGAAAGGCAGUAAUUGAAGGCAUAGGGAGAAGCUUGGGGUUGGACGAAAAGGCCUUGGAACCGGCGAGAAUGACUCUCCAUCGAUUCGGUAAUACUUCUGCCAGUAGUGUUUGGUAUGUGCUUAGUUAUAUGGAAGCAAAGAAGAGGCUGAGAAAAGGGCAGAGGAUUCUUAUGAUGACCUUUGGAUCUGGAUUCAAAUGCAACAGUUGCUUGUGGGUUGUGAUGCGAGACUUGGACGAUUGUGGAGUUUGGGAGGAUUGUAUUAAGGGUUAUCCGCCGAAGACAUUGGUGAAUCCUUUCUUUGAUAAGUAUGGAUGGAUUAAUGAUCCAAAUGCAGAGGUUUUGGUGCAGAAAUUUAAGGACGGGAUGGCCAGGGGGGAGAAAAGAGAGAGCUUGACGGAUCUUAUUUGAUUUUUUUAAAUUUUUUUUUUUUUUUUCAUAUGGUAUGUGUUCUUAUACAUUUGCAUUUGAAAAAAGGGGAUUGAGGAGAUGAAAUAUUAGAUUAUAUGUGCCCGAAAGAAUGGG